GCUGUUGCACCUGGUGGAGAGUCCAGACUGUAGACUGGAGACUCUGAGACUGUUUCAGUGCAGGUUGUCAGAGAUCAGCUCUGAUUCUCUGGUCUCAGCUCGGAGAUCCAACCCCUCCCGGCCGAGAGAUUUGGAGCUGAGAGGAAAGGAGGUGCAGGGUUCAGGAGACAUUCAGGAGAGGCCACUCUGUAGUCUGACUCUGAGAGGUCAGCACCACAGACAGAGAGCAGAGUCCGUGACCGGGUGCUUGGCCAUGGAAGGCGGCUGGUCUGAAGAACCUGGACCCUCAGACACAGCAAAAUACCCAUGUGAUGGAGGCCCUGGUCUGGAGGAGGCUGAUAGUUCUCCUGUAGCUGUGGACCCACCAGCCCCCUCUGACCUCCAGAGUGGACCAGGCUGCAGCAGCGCCUCCUUCAUGCGACCUGCAAGCUGCCCUGAGAACUUAAGAAGCAGCUUUGAGGAGUUUCUACCUGACAUCACUGCGGAUGAAGACGAAGAGACGUUCACGUUUCGGUGCUCGUUUCCAGGUCUGUACCGGUGCAGAGAGACCGGUCUGCUGUUUGACAUGAAGGGAGGGGGGGACGUGGUUUACAGUCUGGUCCCCUGGAGCAGGAAGCUCCUGGCCCAGCAUCACAAGAAGCCUGCAGGACCCCUGUUUGACAUCAAAUGUCUGAAGCAGUCCAUGCGCCAGCUUCAUCUCCCACACUGUGAGAUCCGCUCCACGGGGGGGGGGCGCCACCUGUCAGUGGCUCACGUCAACGACGAGGGCGUGGAGUUCAUCCGGCCUCGUCAGGUAACGGAAACUCAUGUUAUCAUCAGCAUCACAGGCUUCUCAGGUUUUGGUAACGUCAAGGAUGAAGACUCCCCCCCGGACCCGGUCCAAGCCUUGGUUCUGCUCUUCUACACCCCCCCUCACCCCCCUGACGUCAUAUCCUUCCUCAAAGUGCUGCUGCUUCCAAGAAACAUCGUGCUCCGUGAUUUGCUGCGCACCAGGAAGAAACUAGUUAAAGAAGAGAGAUACAUAGACGCCCCCCCGCACUGCAAGCUGCACCCAAAGCAGCUCUACACUCUGUCCACGGCUCCUGAGGACGACCUGGUCAAAGUUCAACCCACAGAAAUAGAAUUCGAUGACGAGUCCUAUGACAGCUACUUCACAUCGUCCCAGGUGAUUUUAAAAAGCGUCCUCAGAGACAUCUCCCUGAGCCUGAAGGAGGCGACCAGCUCUCAGCCUGUUUGGGAAAGAGACGUUUGUCUUUUUCCAGAGAGACCGAAGACUCUGACUCUUCCUCCGGACGAGAAGCUGCUGGACGUACGGAGAGGCUUCAUCGACAGGGUGUCAGUGCCGGUCCUCGACAGCCUCGUGGACAAGCUGUUUGAGGGGAAAGUGCUGAGCGAUUCUGAGAGGGAGUCGGUGAAAGAGAAGCAGAGCAGACGGGACAGAGCUGGCUUCGUGAUCGACACGGUGAGGAGGAAGGGCCCCGCGGCCAGCGCAGAGAUGAUCGACUUCCUCCACCAGGCCGACCUGUACCUCUGCAAACAGCUGGAGCUCAACUGACCCCAAACAGAGAACUGGAGAAACGGUGGUUAAAGAGAAACCUGAUAUUUGGCAGCUUGUUUAAUUCUUCUACUGAGAUAUAAAAUACACUUUUCAUAAUUACACUCACAACUGUUCCUUUGUAAAAAUCAUCAUUGUCAUAAGUAGAUGUCUAAAAGUAUCAGUAAUGGGAUGUCGGCCUUGAACUGGGAUUAUAUCAAGUUCAUUUAACAGAACUUUUGCACAUUUCUCUUCAGCAAGAUGUUGCAGCUUUCAGCAAAUAUCUGAGUCCUAAAAGAGAUGAAUGAAUUUCAUAUUAGUCUCCACUUCAUCUCUUUGUGUCAUUUUCAGCAUCGCAUGACUAAUGUUCUUAAAGGUCAUGUCAAUACUUGGGGUGAAUAAAGUGAUUUUUCUUUUUGUA